CUACUGUUCCGCCCCCACUCCGCCGUCUCCUCCUAUAAAUCCCAGCCCGCUGGACACGGCGGAUCCAUUUCAAGGAUAUUUCUAACCCCUUUUUCUUCCCGUUUCCCGAUUCAAGUCAGCGGUUAGGGUUCGGAGAUCUCGGCCUCGCUCGCAGCCAUGGCGACGAGCACGCUUAGCACCGUUAUGGUGAGCAAUUUGUCACUGAAAGCAGCGCAAAGGGAUGUAAAGGAAUUCUUUUCCUUUUCUGGUGACAUUUUGCAUGUUGAAAUGCAAAGUGCCGAUGAGCUGUCUCAAGUUGCGUACAUUACUUUUAAAGACAAACAAGGAGCUGAGACAGCUAUUCUUCUGACGGGUGCCACAAUAGUUGACAUGGCUGUCAUUGUCACACCAGCCACUGAUUACGAGGUUCCAGCUUCUGUUUUAGCUGCUCUAGAGCCCAAGGAUGGAAAGUCAGCUGUUCUUGAGAAGGCAGAAGACAUUGUUGGGACCAUGCUGGCCAAGGGGUUCAUUCUUGGUAGGGAUGCACUCGACAAAGCAAAAGCUUUGGAUGAGAAGCAUCAGCUCACAUCAACUGCAACUGCUAGGGUAUCUUCCUUCGACAAGAGAAUCGGUUUAAGUGAGAAGAUCAGUGUUGGUUCUUCAGUUGUAAAUGAUAAAGUAAAGGAAAUGGAUCAGAAAUAUCUAGUCUCUGAGAAGACAAAGUCAGCACUUGCAGCUGCUGAACAGGGUGUCUCUACUGCUGGAUCUGCCAUCAUGAAGAACAGGUAUGUCCUUACUGGAGCAGCAUGGGUAACCGGUGCCUUCAGUAAGGUUGCAAAUGCCGCAAAUGAUGUCGGGGCAAAGGCAAAGGAGAAAAUAGUUGCCGAGCAGGAGGGCAAGACUGUAGAGAGGGAGUCUGCACAAGGUAACAUUUCAGAUGACCCUGCAAAGCACAAGGAUUCAGAUGAUGAUUUUGCAAAGGUACAUGUCUCUGAAACAACUGAAGAUAUUCCCAUAUCUAGAGCUGCAACUGUCCCCAUUACUGAAGAGGGUUCCAGUAACGCGACUCCACUCCCCCCUGCUCCUAAAAAGCCUGAACCUGCGCAAGGAUUGAUACUAUGAUUUGCUUGACACAUGAAUGUAAAUAUACAUGAGUGGUUGUUGAAUUCAGGCUGAACUGCCGCUGUAGUCAUAUUCUAAUUCACCUGUUCGAUGGUUGAGAUUAUUGUGACCUAAAGAGUUUGCAGUUGUAGCAACUAUUUUAUUUGACAAACAGUAUUAUCAUGCAACUUGUUGUGUCAAAUAUAGUGUUUGUGUGUUAUCUCCAA